UGAGCCGCUGGCCUCGUCCCGGACCUUUCGCUCAUCGCAGUCCUCUGAAGGUCUUUGAAUCAGGGCGACUUUUUAUUUUAUUUAUUUUUUACAAAUAUUUUUGAAAUCAUCCUCGGCUGACAAUUUUUUAAAGAACCUGGUGCUAUGCAGGGCCCAUCUCUCUAGAGCUUGUGAUCAAUACACGAUCUCUCCUCCCACAUUCGUCCGACCGAGACCCGGGUACUCUCAUCGAGCCCCGACGAUGCAUCCUAACGCAGUGCUGGCGGUGGUCCUUGCGGGGAACUUGAUGCUGCCUUUCAUCACGGCUCAAAACGCUGGGUUUGUGAAGUCGCCAAUGUCUGAGACUAAGCUUACGGGGGACACCUUUGAGCUGUACUGCGACGUGGUGGGUAACCCCACUCCAGAGAUCCAGUGGUGGUAUGCCGAGAUCAACCGAGCCGACUCCUUCAAGCAGCUGUGGGACGGAGCCCGCAAGCGCCGGGUAUCUAUCAACACGGCAUACGGUGCCAAUGGGGUUAGUGUGCUUGGCAUCACUCGCCUCACACUGGAGGACUCUGGGACCUAUGAGUGCCGGGCCAGCAACGACCCCAAGCGCAAUGACCUCCGACAAAACCCUGCCAUCACCUGGAUCCGCGCUCAGGCCACCAUUUCGGUGCUACAGAAACCAAAGAUCAGUGCCUCUGGUCCAAUCAUCCUGUCAGCGGACAGCUCUGGCACACCCGUUACCCUGCUAUGUAACCUCACCACUGCCCACACUCCCCACAAAGAAAGCUUCUGGAUGAAGAAUGGACAGGAGAUCCCUAAUACAAGGACAGAGCACAGGAACACAGCUUACAGAAUCAAUAAACCACGGGCAGAUGAUUCUGGAGAAUACAAGUGUGUUUACACAUUUGACUACGCACCAAAUGCUAAUUCUACAAUUGAAGUUAAAGCAAAACCUCAUAUCACUGGCCACAAGCGAAGCGAAAAUAAAAACGAGGGGGAAAAUGCAAUGCUUUACUGCAAGUCUGUUGGUUACCCACAUCCCACCUGGACAUGGCAUAUAGUGGAUGGAACAUCCUACAAGGAUAUUGACAACUCCACUGGACGCGUCUUUAUCACUAAUAGAGACAACUACACCGAGCUCAACAUAAUAAACCUGGAGAGAGAGAACGAUCCGGGGAAAUACGAAUGCAAUGCCACUAAUGUGAUUGGGACCACUGCUGAGAUCACUAUCCUACGGGUGCGAAGCAAUCUUGCACCGCUUUGGCCAUUCCUGGGUGUGCUAGCUGAAAUUAUAAUCCUAGUAGUCAUCAUCGUUGUGUACGAGAAACGCAAGAGGCCAGAUGACAUUAUUGAUGAUGAUGAACCAGUUGGACCGAUGAAAACAAAUUCAACAAACAACCACAAGGACAAAAACAUUCGCCAGAGGAAUACAAAAUAAGCUAUUUACUCAAAUGAGAUGUCUAAACUGCAGUUUUGGCUACAUGAAGGCAUCAGAGGUGGAUAAAGCUCCAGGCAGUUUUAAAAAAAAGCACAUCUUGUCUCAUUUUACGAGAAACAAUAUCAGCAUAACACUGGCAACAAAAAGAACAUAAUGGCUGUCUUAAGCAUGCCUUAUUCAGUCUUACGUGGAGAUUUCAGGAUGACGAAUAAUGACGAAAACCACCACAAAAGGUGUACACAUUUUUAAUGUGCUGUUGAUGUCUCCUUUAUUAAUUUUAUCAUGGUCCUCAGAUGAGGUGAUCCCUUUUGUAUUACAUAUCAUGUACAAUGCAUGCAAGAUAAUUACGCAAUAGGAUACUCAGAAUAGACAUCUUCUGUUGUUAUCCCUGGUGUGGCUUUUUUUGCAUCCAAAA